CCUCCUCCUCUCGAGCGAGAUCCUUGAUGCACGAUACCCAGCUAACACCCCCCAGCCCCAGCCGUUCACCGAAAUCGGGUUAUGAUCUGGUGGAAAGGGAGGGGCGCCAAGCACGCAGACUACACCAACCCCCAAUUGCACGUUGCGAUGGCAAUGCAUAAGCGUAUCUAGCUCCGACGUCAAGAUUCCAUGACGACAAGGGAGGGGGGGGGAAUCCCGCCCCAUGUACAAUGUACUGUACAUAUAUUGUACAGGGUGCGAUGAGGGACACAUGCCAUGCGUCGGGCCAAGCAGCGCGCACGCAUCAUCCCGAGCUCCUCCAGUGGAUGAGAUAGGCAGGCGGGAACGCGCAUCGUCAAGGUACACAUGUGGGUAGUCGAGGUGGCGUUGGGUCGCGUUCAGGUACGAGCAUUGUUAGCUGCGAUGCCGCCACUUGGAAUCAUUCUGCACGUUGCUGCUGCCCGGAGAGCGGUUCUGUUGCAGACGUGUUUAAUCUAUUUGCCGUCUUGGCUGGCGUUUAACACAUCUCGGAUCCUCUAUUUCCCUUUCUCUCUUUGUCUCUGUCUCGUUCGCUUGCGAGCUUGUGGCGAAAACAUCUUCUCACGAAGCAAGAUAUUCACCAGGGAUGAUGAUUUGGCCCCCGGGACAAACGAGGGUUCUCAUAAGCAAAAAGGAAUGAUACCCGUAAUUACGACGAUUCAAAAUCGCUGUUUUUUUCCUGCCCCGAGCGCGCAAGCAUCUCAUCAUUUCGUUGUACAAUGUAGUUGA